CCGCGAAUAUCGAACGUCCAACGUCAAGCCAACUUUAUUCCAGUUACCAACGUGCAGGAGAAACGUCACUGUAAACACUGAGGAACUAGCAUAGCUAACUGGCCACAAAAAGCAGCAGAAGUUGGUGCUCCGUUCUCACGAACAUGCCUCGGAAGAAGCCGUUCAGCAACAAACAGAAAAAGAAACAGCUUCAGGUCAAGCGCGAGAAAAAGAGAGGUGAUACAGGCUCGGGUCAGAGUAGCCGGAACGCGAGUAUAGAGAGAGCCGUUAGACGGGACAGACAGUCGGACACGUCAGACAGCGAGACGACGGAUAUAAAGAGGAUCGGGCACCAGCCUGGCACCAGAGACAGCAGCUAUGACCCCAACAGGUUUCGGCUUCACUUUGGGAAGGAGAGCAAAGAGGAGGUGGAGAAAAGGAAGAAAAUUGCCAGAGAGAAAAUACUGCAAGCAGUUCCAGAGAGAGACCUGGAGAUGGACGUAAAAGACGUCUACCCCGAAGACCAAGGACUGGAUUUCCCACGGAGGCCUUCUUGGCAUUAUGGGAUGUGCAGAGAAGAACUAUCGAAGAAGGAAAAGAAGGCAUUUGAUGAGUUUCUGGAGGCCCUUCAUUCCAAGAAUCCUACUGACUCCCUCAGCCAUUUUGAACACAAUCUGGAGACAUGGAGACAGUUAUGGAGAGUAUUAGAGAUGUCCGACGUCGUUCUGCUUAUCGUGGAUAUCAGACACCCAGUGCUGCAGUUUCCUCCUGCUCUGUACCGCUACAUCACAGGUGAACUGCAGAAGCAGGUCAUUGUGGUGCUGAAUAAGAUCGACCUUUGUCCCCCACCGCUCAUAUUGGCAUGGAAGCACUACCUGUGCAAUCGUUUUCCUCACCUGCAGUGCGUGUGCUUCACCUCACACCCGGGACCACCUUACAGCACCUUGUUUCAGAAAAAGCGAAUGAGGAGAAAGGGUGGGUGGGGCCAGGCAGGAGGACCAAUCCACAUCCUGAAGGCGUGUCGGGAGAUCACGGCAGGAAAAGUGGAUUUAAGUAGCUGGGAAAAGAAGAUAAAAAGAGAUGCAGUGGCCAUGGGAAGAGAGGGCGAUUGGUCGGAUGACGGGGCGGAGACGGUGUUGAUGGAACACCACACCGAUGUUGCCAUGGAGCUGAACAGUCCCACACGAGAACUUUACAAAGAUGGAGUUCUCACAUUAGGCUGUAUAGGGUUUACUAAUGUAGGAAAGUCUUCGGUGUUGAAUAGCUUGGUUGGAAGGAAGGUUGUGAGUGUGUCUCGGACUCCUGGUCACACAAAGUAUUUCCAGACGUACUACCUCACCCCUACUGUCAAACUGUGUGACUGUCCUGGACUAGUCUUCCCCUCGCAAGUCAGCAAACAACUACAGAUUCUGGCUGGUAUUUACCCAGUGUCCCAGCUGCAGGAACCCUACAGCUCGGUGGGAUACCUGUGUGAGCGCACUCCGUUCCUGUCAGUACUGAAACUUACACACCCAGAACAGAGUGCUGAAACACCACACACUCCCAACACGCACGGGUGGACAGCCUGGGACGUGUGUGAAGCGUGGGCAGAGAGAAGAGGCUAUAAGACGGCAAGGGCAGCACGGAAUGAUGCUUAUCGAGCCGCUAACAGCCUGCUGCGAUUGGCCAUCGACGGACGCUUAUGUCUGUGCUUGCGGCCACCAGGAUACACGGAGAACAAAGAUAAAUGGGAGUCCCACCCAGAUUUGGCAGAAAUCCUCGCUCUACAGGGACGAACGGCCGAGGGUGAGGAGAACGGCGAGAGGGACGAGGAAGAUGAAGAGUCGAGCUCUGAGCCAGAGGAGGAAGACGACAGAGACGCGGACGAUGACGAGGACGCCGACGGAGACGACGAAGACGAAAGCGUGAGGUCCGACGAAAAAGGCAAGGCCUACAGACUGAACAUGUUCGGCCUGCUGGGUGAGAACGAGUGCGAGUGAAGGAAGGAAGCGCUCGUUCGGCGUCAUCUCAGUCACAUUCCUCUCGUCCGCGUUAUUUAUCGGUUUAUUUAUCAGCAGUCAGCUUAAGUUGUUUCGUUUCGCAUUCAUGUACAAAUGCUUUCAGUGACUCUUGCAGAAUCCUACACUCCUCAGGAUGCCUGUUCCUGCUCCUGCGUAAGCAGCUGAGUCUGUGUACCUCUAUGCCCUCUUUCAGCUUGGUUUCACGUUUGUAAUUUAAAACCUUCAUUUAAUCUCUCGCGUCCGAGUGUUCAUACCGAAUGUGAUUACAGUCGCGCAGACUGCGUAUCGAGUACAAUCGAUUCGAUUGAUCAAGAAUCUGUGAGUUCACAGCUUUAAUGCCAAAGGUCAGCGGAAGGUCGUUCGUUUCAGUAUGAGAAAAGACAAAUGGAAGCCUCAGUGCUGCAAGACCCUGCAUGCAGCUUUAACACAAAUGAGCCAGCUCCAUUGAAGAGAAGUAAGCAAAUACAAAAGCCAGCCAUGAAAUAAGAGGCGACUAAGAGACAAUGAGAAGUAGAGAACCACAGAAGUGAAAAGAGAGUGGAUUGGAUAUCUAAAGCACUUUUUAAAUCCGGAACUGUUCCUGAAUAGAUCGAAACAGACCAGGGGUGUGACUGACAUAUAAAAUUACUACCUACUCAGGCUGUGGAGAAACACAUCGAGUCAUAUCUGUAUUAGAUCAGUUGAAUGUACAUUGCGUCCUCAGAUCACGUUUCCAAAAAGACAUCGUGCACACACGCCUACGAUGGCAGCAACGUCUUCGUAAUGCUGUGCGCGCCACCUCUCCAGGAACAUCUCGUACUGUUUCCUUACGGUUACCUUCAUAGCUGUCAAAGCCGUGCCUUCUUAAAUCACCGACUUACAAGACAGCAUAGGCAUCAGAGCUUCUGGUUUUGACGCAGCUCAGGUUUUGAGCAUUAAUAAGGAAUGCGUUUGACAGGAAUUAUGGGUCAUUUCUGCCUUUCUAAGUUCAUUAUAAUUCCUACACUAUGCCGUUAUGACAUCCUGUUGUUGGCUGUAUUUCCUGGCAUUGCUUUCGCGUGAGUGCCAUCAGACUUUUUUGAAGAAGCUUGAUAACGGGACUAAUAUGAUACACAUUUGGUUUAUUGGUUUGAAUAAAAAUUUUGUAGGAUGCACAAAUAUUAGCUUGCAGAUGAUUAGUUUUACACUUUUUUUUUCUUCUUCAAAUCAGUGACUUGGUUUUCAAACCAUGGAGAUAUUUUGCUACUUGAUAUAGAUUUCUACAGUACAUGGACCGGUCUGAACGGGUCUGAUGCAGGGUUUUGUAACGCAGCGUGACAGGGAGUUUGUUUGUGCCUGUGCUCAUCGCUGAGCCAUACUAUGCAAGGUUAGGAAUUUUAGAGUAUAUUAGACAUGAAGGAAUUUGCUGUGUUAAGUUGCCCCGACAAGCCUGAAAAGACGAGGUGUGAUUUGCACAGAGUUAUAUUCAAUAGAACAUUGAAGAGGGUUUUUAUUUUAUUUUAUUUUAUUACGGGACAUCAUAAAGGAGUUUACGUGCUUGAAUAUGAUGGAAAGAGAUCCGAUAGAGUAAAUGCUGAUCUCCCAAGGACCAUAUUCCUCAAAUAAUCAUAUACAGGACUCCCAAAUCAGGAUUGAUACAAUUCCAGUGUAGUGUUAAGUCCUCAUAAUAUCAUCCGACAUCUUAACGCUAUCAAACGGGCAGGGAACAUGAGCAUAGACGUGUUUGAAAUAUAGAUUGCAGACGGAUUUGCUCUCGAGCGUGCAAUUGUAAAGGGGAUGUGUGUGCACCGUGUGCGAGCGACCUAGUAAACAAAUGUGUUUUAUUGCUUAUAUUGAAUUGGUCUGAAGUCGCUCUCUGCAAUAAAGAUGGAAUGUCUUGAUAUCA